AUGGUUGACAAAUCCAAUACAGAUGAAAAGCUCUCAACAAUUGUUGAUAGAAAUGAUGGAAGGAGACAAUCACUUAUUCUUGAUGAUGACUAUAAUGAGAACGAAACACUGCAAGGUUUAGAUGAUCAAUAUGAAGCAGCGAUCAAAUUGCGCAAUUCUAAGACAUUAGAAGAUACCAGCAACGUUUCUGACACAGAGGAUUCGAGAUCGACUAUUUCCGAAACUAUAACUCAGCCAACCGAAGAUAACCAGGUCAAUGUUGAACCCCUAAUGAGAAAAUUGGACGAAAUUCACAAUGCAGCUCCUACAAGACUUAGGAGAAGGAAAAGUAAAGGGAAAGGAACGUCUGAAAAGAAACAAGCUACAAAUAAAACAGAAGAGCCAAGAUUCAGGUCUGGCUUUGGAGAUAUCAAAUUCUAUUCUGUGCUGUCUACUAUUUUCGAUUCAAGCUAUUUUAAAAAUUCAGAAUUCUUCGGGAUAUAUGUGCUCUUCUGGUUAGGCACAGCUUUCCUUAUGAUGAACAAUAUUGUUCAUUCGUACUUUGAGAGUAACGAGGGAUUCUUUCAGACUGCAGUAAUGAAGACUUUGAGGAAAGAUUUAGUGAAAAUAGGUUUUACUGAUUUAGGGAUGUAUCUCGGUACAUAUUUUGCUUUUUUCCUUCAAUAUGCAUGCUUGAAAGGUUGGAUUGUGUGGGAUUCAAGUGGUUGGAUAAUUCAAGCCGUCUACGAUUUUAUUCAUGGUGCUUUCUGGCUCUAUUUUGCAUCCGACCAGUGUAUGUCUUAUCCAUGGAUUGGUAAGGUGUUUUUAGUAUUACACAAUCUCGUUUUCAUAAUGAAAAUGCAUUCUUAUGCAUUUUAUAAUGGCUAUUUAUGGCGCAUAUUAAGAGAGUUGGAGUUUUCAGAAGAUUAUUUGGAAAGGUUAACUAAUGGUAAGGUUAGAUUGCCAGAGAAAUAUGACUUGGAAAGAACAAAAAAUAUUCUAGAUGGUAGUAUUCGGUUUUGUAAGUUUGAAUUAGAAUACCAGUCAAGUGCAACUACCAUGUCUAGUGAUUCGCCAAUCGAGUCAUUCGAUUUGGAGGAUGAUAUCCAUGACUUACAAAAAAGGAAUAUAGUGAAAUUUCCAACGAAUGUUAAUCUAUUUAAUUUCUUCGAAUAUUCAAUGUUCCCUACAUUGGUAUAUACUUUGAACUACCCACGUACACGCAGGAUCAGAUGGCAAUAUGUUUUAGAAAAGACUUGCGGUGUUUUUGGUAUUAUAUUUCUCAUGAUUUUAGUAGCUCAAAACUGGAUGUAUCCGAUUAUUCAACGUGCGAUAGCCUUACAAGAUAUGCCUACUGCAGAUAAAUGGAGAGGAUGUAUGUUCAUUUUACUUGAUAUGAUUCCUCCUUUUCUCAUGGAAUAUCUUUUUACAUUCUUUUUAAUCUGGGACGCAAUUCUAAAUGUUAUUGCUGAGUUGAGUAGAUUUGCAGAUAGAGAUUUCUAUGGACCAUGGUGGUCAUGUUCCGACUGGUCGGAAUAUGCUAGAAUUUGGAAUCGUCCUGUUCAUAAAUUCUUACUUAGACACGUCUAUCAUUCGUCGAUUAGUGUACUCAAGCUUAACAAUCUGAGGGCCAUCUUAGGCACUUUUAUUUUGUCCAGCUUAGUACAUGAGUUGGUUAUGUUUGUCAUAUUUAACAGAUUGAGAGGUUAUCUAUUAGUGAUGCAAAUGUCUCAGCUUCCUCUAGUUGCUCUUUGUAACACAAGAUUUAUGAAGAAUAGAAAAGUAUUGGGCAACGUUAUGUGCUGGUUCGGAUUCAUUUCGGUACCGAGCAUGAUUUGCACGUUUUAUUUAAUAUUUUAA